CAUGUAAUCUGACUCAUUUUUGCAUUUACAUAUCAACAUUCGCACGUUGAUCAUGAACCUUGCAUGCAAGUACCUACUUCUCCUCAUGAAGACGCCCGUUCAUCAAGUUUGUCUUUAUUUUGAGUUGUUCAUCUCUGACAAAGAUUUUGACUUCAGUGGAGUUCUGGACAAUCCAGAGAGCAGAACGGACAAGUCUUAAAAAAUAUUAGUUGCGAUUUCAUAAUUUGCAUACACGGCUCAAACAUGAGUGCUUUCAUGUGUGAGAAAGCUGAGUCGACGAUGAAAUUUGGGAUUCAAUCCUGCAAUUGUGGCCACAUCGUGGAGCUUGGUGAGAUCGAGAUGGAGAUAACUUCGGAAACUGAUGAAUCGGAGGAGGAAUCAGUUUACAACGAUGUCAUUGAAGACAUUCUUGUGGAACUUGAACACCAAUUCGCUGUGGGUUUGCAGGAGUUGGAGGAUGAUGUUUUUUUCCCAGCCCCACCCACUGAUAUGAAGAAUGAAAUACCGAAGAAUGUUCCAUUACGAGAUGCCACAGCAGAAUGGUCCACUGUGAACUUGGGGCCGAAUACUGCCACUACUUGGGGACUUGAAAGUGGAAAAAUUCCCAAUUCUGUCAGUGCCAUGACUGGAGAUGAAGAAAAUCAUCUCCAAGACUCAUCAAGCAGUUAUUUUGGACGCCAGAAGGACAAUCUUGGGUGUGGGACUCCCAAUCGUGUCCGCAAUCCAGAGCAAGAUGAGGACCCCGGCUUUUUCGCGUAUGUCGCCCAAGUGGUUCGUGCCUUGUGGGGAUGCUGGUUUACUGCAGGGCGUCGUGCUUAAGCUUACAUAUGCACUAAAAAUCAAGUACUUUAUCCUUUAUUCAACUGCCAACAAAUAUUAUCACUACUGUUCUGAGAUAUCAUUUUUCUAUGACAUGCGAAUUGAAAUGUGCCAAAAUAAACCACUUUUUUCCACCA